AUGUCUUAUAUGCUUUCUCAUUUAACAAAUGGAUGGCAGGUAGAUCAGGCAAUUUUGUCGGAAGAGGACAGAGUUGUAGUCAUUCGCUUUGGUCAUGAUUGGGACCCCUCUUGCAUGGUAAUGGAUGAGACGCUGUUUAAGAUUGCUGAGAAAGUAAAAAAUUUUGCUGUUAUGUAUUUGGUUGAUAUAACACAAGUCCCUGACUUUAAUAAGAUGUACGAGCUUUACGAUCCUUGUACUGUUAUGUUCUUCUAUCGCAAUAAGCAUAUUAUGAUCGACUUGGGGACUGGUAACAACAAUAAGAUUAACUGGCCCAUUGAGGAUGGACAGGAAUUUAUAGAUAUUGUCGAAACUGUGUACAGAGGUGCAAGAAAAGGCAGAGGUUUGGUUGUUUCUCCAAAGGACUAUUCCACUAAAUAUCGGUACUGA